UCGACGUUGACGCUCGGAGUGCUCUGAGAGUGUGAAAAGGUUCUCAACUUGAUUUUGACGAGUUUUUAUGAUUUUUGUGUAUUGCACAUAUGAAUUGAACUUAAGAUUUUUAUACCUAACCUAACACUGGUCGCUUUUCUUCCUUUUGGGUUUUUGUGCUUUUCAUCGUUAACACUGCGUAAUAUUCUUAAUUUUUAUUUGUUAAUUUAUCAUAUUAAUUAUGGCAGAAAGUCAGAAAAAAAAAUAAGAGUUUAUAUAAACGGGGUUGUUGUGACUGAAGAAAACGAAUUAAUUAAAAAAGAUGAUAAAAUUUUGUGUGAUAUCACGAACCUGGAUAACAAUCAAAGAAGUGAAAUGUAUUUAAGCGAAACAUUAGUGGCAGAAUGGCAAGAAAAAAUAUUUAAUGCUGCUACUGCCGGUGACAAUGAAGAUGUUAUCGAGGCUGAAGCAGGAUUCUCAGGAAAUGCAGCAGAGGUACCGAGAUCCUGCAUGAACGAAUACAACUUUCCUGAGACACGAACGAGAGACUCAAAUAACGCAAAAGAGAUAUCGAAAUCUUAUGUAAAUGAACAUUAUAAUGAUCGUGUGGAUGUGGCAAAGCCAGGCCCUUCGGGAAAUGCAGCAAAAAUGUCAAGAUCUCAUAGUCAAAAAAAAAAGGGUGAUUAUAGUAAUUUGUAAUACCUUUAUGUUCUUCCUUUUUUCUUAACACACGUUGCAUGGCAUGUACUUUUAUAUAGCUCUUGAGCAAACAAAGGUAGGAAAAAUUAUUUUUUGCAAAAAAGACAUGCAGGUUUCUAGCUGUUAAACAUAGAAAAGUACAAAAAAUUAUUUAAUAAGAGAACACAGCCUCCAAAACCAAUAA